UCCCGGCAGCCUCCGCUCUCCUACCCCGCGCGGUGCAUCCCCCUUGCGGACUCCGUGGAGGCUCCGCGCUGCGGCGGGCUCCGGCGGUGGGCGGGCUUCCGCGCAGGGCGGCCGGGCUCCGCGCUGCCGCCGCCGUGGCCCAUGGGCAGAAUCGUCUCGGAAGGCAGGCAUUAAACCAAAAAGAUGUCCCUAUAUGAUGACUUGGGAGUGGAGACCAGUGACUCAAAAACUGAAGGCUGGUCCAAAAACUUCAAGCUUCUGCAGUCCCAGCUCCAGGUGAAGAAGGCAGCACUCACUCAGGCCAAGAGCCAAAGGACAAAGCAAAGUACAGUGCUUGCUCCGGUCAUUGACCUAAAACGAGGAGGCUCCUCAGAUGACCGACAGAUCGUAGACACGCCACCUCAUGUGGCAGCUGGGCUGAAGGAUCCUGUGCCCAGUGGGUUUUCUGCAGGGGAAGUUCUGAUCCCCUUAGCUGAUGAAUAUGACCCUAUGUUCCCUAACGAUUAUGAGAAAGUGGUGAAGCGCCAGAGAGAAGAGCGGCAGAGGCAGAGGGAGCUGGAAAGACAGAAGGAAAUAGAGGAAAGAGAAAAGAGGCGUAAAGACAGACAUGAAGCCAGUGGGUUUUCAAGACGACCAGAUCCAGAUUCUGAUGAGGAUGAAGAUUAUGAGCGAGAGCGGAGGAAAAGAAGUAUGGGAGGAGCUGCCAUUGCCCCACCUACUUCUCUCGUAGAGAAAGACAAAGAGUUACCCCGAGAUUUUCCUUACGAAGAGGACUCAAGACCGCGAUCCCAGUCUUCCAAAGCUGCUAUUCCUCCCCCAGUGUAUGAGGAGCCGGACAGACCAAGAUCUCCAACGGGCCCCAGCAACUCCUUCCUUGCUAACAUGGGUGGGACCGUGGCUCAUAAGAUCAUGCAGAAGUAUGGCUUCCGGGAAGGUCAGGGACUGGGGAAACACGAGCAAGGGCUGAGUACUGCAUUGUCUGUGGAGAAGACCAGCAAGCGUGGUGGCAAGAUCAUUGUGGGUGAUGCAACAGAGAAGGGCGAGUCUCAGGAUGCAUCCAAGAAGUCGGAUUCAAAUCCAUUAACUGAAAUUCUUAAGUGCCCUACUAAAGUGGUCUUGCUGAGGAACAUGGUUGGUGCAGGAGAGGUUGAUGAAGACUUGGAAGUUGAAACCAAGGAAGAAUGUGAAAAAUACGGCAAAGUUGGAAAAUGUGUGAUAUUUGAGAUUCCUGGUGCCCCUGAUGAUGAAGCAGUACGGAUAUUUUUAGAAUUUGAGAGAGUCGAAUCGGCAAUUAAAGCCGUUGUUGAUCUGAAUGGGAGGUACUUUGGUGGACGGGUGGUUAAAGCAUGUUUCUAUAAUUUGGAUAAAUUCAGGGUCUUGGAUCUAGCAGAACAAGUUUGAUUGUAACUUAAAGUCACCUCCUUGAUCCUUACAUGAGCUGCAGCUGAGCAACGACACAGGCAUCGGCCUCCAUGGCUGUUGGACACUGAAACUCUUGGAUGGACUUCUAAGAUAUAUGUUGAUGGAUCCCUUUUUUAUUUUGUGUUUUUUUAAUAUAGUAUAAAAAUCCUUUAAAAGUC